UUUGCUGUUGUUGAGGUGAUCGCCAUUUUGUAUUCGACUUCAACGAAGACGAGAAGAAGCUCUAGAUUCUGACUUAUUUUAAGCGCUACCAGUAAUGCCGAACAGUACAGUGGUUUCAGUAGAUUCUGCGGGUUCUUCAGGAUCAAGACGAUGUUAUACAAGACAGUACCGCACUAUUAACAAAACUUCGACAGUGGAUGAAUCUUUAUUUGGUUCCCCCCAAAAGACAAGACCAAGGGAUGUACAAGGAGAAGAAGAAUUACUUCUUUCAAGGAAGAAAUCCCCAAUCGGAAAAGGACGAUCUCGUAAUCCAGAUGAACCAGAAACUAUUCAAGUGAUCACCAAGGAUUUGAUUCGCAGACUGAGGGUACCCCAAGAAGAUCCUUCUGGCCGUUCCAUAAUCCUUGAGGGUGCCGAGUUUGGCCGUAUUAAAUCUGCCUCAAGGGUUUUGUCCAAAGAAGAACGAGAAGCAGCUUUGGAAGAACUGAAGCGAAGGAAAGAGGAGCUUCAAAACCAAGUGGAGGAAAGAAAAAACUACAUGCAGUACAUGGACUUGAACAGGAAGGAAAAUGAAAAAUUGACUGAUCUUGAACAGGAGGCAAAGGUGAGAAGUCAGCACCUGUUGGAAAAAGCAAAUGAACAAAUGGAAGAGCAAGAGGAUGAAAUCAAGAAACUGAACGAAUUGAUCUUAAAUGCUAAAUGCCAUGCUAUCAGAGAUGCACAACUAAUAGAAAAAGUAGAAAUCAAGAAAGAACUGCUCCAGGAAGACAAGCGCCUGGAUGAAAUGAUGGAAGUAGAGAGACUUAAGGCACUAGUGGAGUAUGAAGAACGGGAAAAGGCUAAACAGGAGGAGAGAUUAGAAGGAGCUAAGGUUCUGAGGGACCAGAUAAAGGACAAUGAACAGUACCGUAUGUUGGAGGAAGAAAGGAAAGACCAAGAGACAGUCGCAAUGCUCCAGUAUCUGGACAAGCUGCAAGUCGAAGACAUGGAAAAUCUCAUCAAGAAGAAAGAAGUGCAGAAAUCUCUGAUGAAAGACGUUGCAAAAGCCAAUGAAGAAAUUCAACGCCAGAGAGAAGUGAAGAAACAACAAGAAGUAAUGGAAGAAGUAAAAGUAAUGGAAUACCUGAAACAAAAGGCAGAAAGAGAAGAAGCCUAUCAGAAGGAGCUGGAGAAAGCUAGGAUUGAGAAAGAAAAGGAGAUAGCUAGGCUUCGCGCUCAGCAGGAGAGAGCCAAGGAUGUACAGGCUGAAAAAGAUGCGUUGAGAGCCAAGAGAAACCAAGAAGAAGCAGAACGAGAAUGGAGGAAGAAAGAGAAAGAAGAAAAUGAGAAGAAAAUGAGAACGGAAGCCAUGUUGAAGGCUGCAAGAGAAAAUCAAGUCAAGAACAAGGAACAUUUCCUUGCUGUUCAAGCGGCUAGAGACAGAGCUGAAUUUGAACGUGUUCUAAAAGCACAAGAAGAACAAAAGGUUAAAGACGAAGAAUCAGACCAAGUAGCUUCCAUUCGCCGCCAUCAGUACGCCGAUGAAGUGCGCCAGCAAAUCCGAGAAAAGGAAAAAGAUCGCGUACACGCGAGAAAUGCGUUCUUUGAAGAAGGUAUCAAGCUUGAUCAGGAAGCAAAAGCAAGGAAACAAAAGCUUGACGACAUCAAGAGACGAAAAUUGCAUGAAUUAAAACACGCCGGCGUCCCGGACAAAUACUGUAACGAAGUAGCUCGUCGUAUUGAAGCUCCCCCGCCAUCACUAUCUCGACUUUAUUAAAUAAAUAACUCUCAACUUUUCAAGAAAAAGGUUUUCGCUAUUCAUAACUUUAAGACCAAAAAAAUAUGUAAAUAUAAUUGUCAGGCAGUUUGUCUUGGAACUUGGAAUUUUGAUUUAUUUGUAAAGAGGUUUUUAGUUCAAUAAAAGUCAAAGAUUGAAAAAAAUUCUACUGGUUUCAACGUUCUUCGAUGUGCAGUGUUUUGCGUUUUUGUAUUUUACUUAAUUUAACUGAACAAAUGUAAAU